AUGGCUAGCUUCCUUAUAUCGUUCGAUCUCGAAACCGAGAAAUUCCAGGAGGUCCCGAAGCCCGAUUGUUGCGGCUCAGACAUGUGUUUGUCUCAUCUGUUGGUUGUACAAGGUUGUCUGUCUGCCGGUGCGUUUCAUGAUGAUGAUGGGCGGUUGGAGAUUUGGGUUAUGGAAGAGUACGGUGUGAAAGAGUCUUGGAUCAAAGAGUUGAGCAUCGGAAGUUACGUGCCGCCGACGUUGAUACAUCAACAGAGCCGACACUUCAGUUAUUCAAGACAUAAUUUGCCUAAUUUACAUGUUCGAGUUCUUUGUGUGUUGAGAAGUGGGGAGAUCUUGUUGGAGCACGAGAGGAGAGCUCUUUCUGUUUACGAUCCACGGUGUUGGACAUUCAAGGAGUUUACUUUUCAGGAAAUGCCUGCUCACUGGUUCAAAAUUAUCUUUCAUGUCGGAAGCUUGAAUUGGCUUGAGAAUUAA